AUGAGUCCCGUCUGCUUCCAAUCCGUCGUGGAACAUCGCAAUCGCGCCCAUGAUCUGCACUACCGCGGAACAGACUUCAUCCACGAGUCGCUCUCGUCCGGCGAGGAACUGAUCGAAGUCAUCGUCGUUAACAAUCACCCUUGCUUCCCGUCGCUCUCGAAGAAUCAGGAACAGAAUGAUGCGAUGCCACUGCAGCUCUUCCCCCUGAUGUUCCUGCUCUGGGACAGGGACGAGAUGUUCGGCCUGAGUGGUCAAUACAAGCGCGCGUCGGCACUAUUCGAUGAUACCUCGUGCCAGGCUCCCCGCCGCGAGUGGAGCCGGACAGCAACGGCAGCGGUGGCCGCUACCUAA